GAGGGAGAAGGAGACGUGCUAGCCGUGGAGGCGACAGCUUCUUCUCUGACAGUACAUUUUUUCCUCUCUUCGUAUUUUUUUCUCUCUUUUAAAAGAAGAGCGAAUGACAGUGCGUGACGGACAACGGCACCUUUCAUGUAGUGUAAUCCGUCGAAGAUUGGACUCCAUGGAGGUCGCGGACAGCCCGCUAAACCUCGCUCAUCAGCAGUGCAGGAAGGCUGAACGACUGCUCGCUGCAGGGAAAUAUGAAGAGGCCAUUCUGUGUCACAGGAAAGCCGCAGAUCUUCUGUCUGAUGCAAUGAAGACUACACAGGUUGAGCAGGCUCGCCUGUCCAUGGAGCUGCAAAGAGACACCCACAUUAAACAGCAGAGAUUGAUCCAGGAGCGUUGGAAGAGAGAGACCAGAAGACUGGCCACCAAAGCUCGGACAAUCCCUUCUGUGUCCACACUCCAGCCCUCAGAUCCGGUGCAAUGUGCUGGGAUGGUGACCCAUGAGAAGUCCAGAGAUCGGGAGUACGACACUCUUUUAUAUCAGCUGCAGACACGCCAGAGUGGAGGUCCUCCAGCACAACAGCCCUGCUCCGGCUCAAAGACCACCAAAGACGACAAGACGCGCCUGGAGGAGCAGCAGACCACCAUCGAGGACCUGCGGCGGCUUGUGGAGCACCUGAUGGAUGAGAACUUGCGUCUGACCACAGAGAACGAUAGGCUGAGAAUUGAGAACGCACGGCUCCAGUCUGAGGAGCGCUCUGAGCUGUGGGUGCUGCCACAGCCAGGAGGUGCGAUGGGGACCGGAGUGGGACAUGAGAAGAGGGGUACAGGAAAGGAAAUUGCCAUCCCCACGCUCCCUCCCCUGGAAAUGCCCGCUCAGGAGGACCUUUGUCUGGAUGAUCUCCCUCCUCUGGAGCUGCCUGAAGACAUUCAAAAUGAACUGAGGGAGCUGCUGGAGGCAGACAAACUGUGACACACACAUAUACAGAGUGCAGGGAGGGUUAGAGGUCAGUUAAGUGGGAACUAGGUCCAGGAGCUUGCAUUAUGUGAUAAUUGUCAGGAGCAAAUGCCCAAAAUUUGACUGUUUUUUUUGUUAACGCUGCAGCCUGCAACAGCCUUAUUUGAGUUGAUUUGGAUUAAUUUAGAUGAUUAAUCAAUGUACAUGCAGCAUCAGCUUAAACAGACUAUUUGCUGCUGUUUGUGCACAGGUGCUGCAGGUUUCUCUUUUUCUACAAAAGAAACCAAUACAAAUUAUUUUAAUCAGUUUUUGGAAAGCUGAAGAGAAAAAGCAUCAAUGCCACUUUUUGAUGGUUGUAACUUAUUUCAUACUUGAAACAUUUUAAUAUUAACCAAGGCUUAUUUACAUUUGUAUGAUUUAAUAUUCAGUUAUUUGAUCAUGACAAUAGUUACACACAGAAGGACAUUGUAUUUCCUUAAAUACACUUCAGAAAAUGUCUAAAAAUUUCAGACCACUGGCGCGUCGCAGUACUCUGUACGUCAGACUCUUCACAUGUGCCCCUCGGAGGAUCACUGCUGUUCAGGGAUAUAUGUUCUGCCAUUAAUAUCUUCUUUGCUAUUUUAAUGUGGUCUCAACCUCAAACCUGUGCACCACAGAAGAGAUCUAUGGUGGCGUAUUUAUUAC